CGUGGAUCAGGUCUAAGUCAAAGUUGCAACACUAGAAUGUAAGGAACUGUCACCAAAUUAAUCAAAGUUUUGACAGGCUACGGCACCUCCCAUGGUCAAAGAUUUUUUGAGACUCCGUAAAGACCAACGUAUGGUUUUGACUACAUUAACUGCAUACUACGCAUCAGUAUCAUUACCAUUCCCAUUUUCAGGAGUCUUCCACCACUAGCUUUGUAGCAACAAUUUUCAUACAAUUUAGUAAGUUUCUUUCAAUUUUAAAGCCCCUUUACCUCUUACAGCAUUAUAUGCCAAACCAGAUUCAACCCCCUUUAGAAAUUAAGCACUAUGCCUAUCCGAAAUUCCAAUCGGCUAUUGGUACAGAAAAAGCUAUGGAAAAUUGUGGGAUUUAUGUCAAGUCUGAUUGGACUGAUCUGUUACGCGUUGAGUUCCUCUUUCAACCAUCUAUUCGGAGAGUGGAACUUCUUGAAGAUCAUCCUUUACACCGGGGUAAGUUUCUCUAUCAGCACCAUGAUGUUAUUUUUGAAGAAAUGGAAACGUUCCAAGAGUUCACUGCUGAAGGCUCAUGUGGGUGUUCUGCUCUUGUUGCUCACUUCGUUGUACUCUUUUGUGUCUGAUAAAUCUGUGAAUGGAAAACCAGACUUAUUGAGUUUGCUUUCGUUUGGAGCCUUUGCUUUAAUGUCUUUGUGCCUGUCACGCCAAAUUGACCUUGGCUUUGAAGCAGAUCUCCUCAAUUUCUUCCUUGGAUGUCUAACUGUUCAACUGAUGAAGAUCAAUCUGAUGCUUUCAAUUGUUGCAGCCAUCUUCUGCUAUUGUUUCAUAGUUCUUCGUUUCAAAUUGGACUCUCAACCACAGAUUGGAACACUAGGGGUGGAAGACCAUGUAACCAUAGAAAUUGAUGCUGCAAAUGGAGGAGAAAGAGGAGCUGAUCACAAUCACAACAGAAGUGACUUCCAAUCUAACCAUAGCAAUGGCCACCGACAAAUUCAGUUGCUAAGUGACGAGUACAAUUGGAAAAAAUUUGAAGAUAAAGUAGUGAAAGGGAAUGAAAAUCAGAUAAGUUACUACAAAUGCACACACCCCAAUUGUUUUGUAAAGAAAAAAGUUGAGAAAACUAAAGAUGGGGAAAUUAUUGAGAUACACUACGAGGGUACCCACCCCCAUACUAAGGCUAAGCAUUCAAUGAAACGGAACUCAUCACAUGAAUAUCUAUAUUCACUGUUACCGUCAGAGCGUGACACCACUUACUUGCCAGAUCAAUCAUUUCCCUCCCAGGGUAGUGGACAAUUGGAUUAUGAUGUGCAGCACCGGAGUACUCAAUAUUCAUAUGAAAUAUAAUUUAGUACUCUAAUUGUAGAUCUUAUCACUUCUAGUGAAGUUAAAUGUUAAUAAUACUUAACAUGUUAGAAGUUCCCUUUCACUAAUCAUUAAUGACACUCAUUUUUUCGGAACUUCUUUUGAAUACUUACUCAAUAUUGGAUGACUUUGAUGAUUGCUUUGUCAAGGAAAAUUUAUGUAGAGCACAGUUCUACUGCAAGUGAUUCAUCGUUUAUUCUACAACUCAUGAAGUAAUAACAAACUCAAAGGAGACUGAUACCAUUAAAUUUGCUUCAAGCAAUCAAUCGACAUGCAGAGUUUAGUCUAUCAAGACAGCCUCAUCAGGGAGCACAUGAAGUUUAUAUGUAGACAUCAAUCUACAUGGCUUGCAUCUUUGGAUCAGAUAACUGGUGAGCAAAACUUAAAAAUACCAAUUGUUGACUGCAGUAAAAUUAUAACAUAUUUGAAUACGAGGUUAGAAAAGUUUUUCAAAGUUUAUCUACUUUAAACUCUGAAAAAACAUUUCUGACUUAUAUUUCGAAACAAACUCUUAAUUUAAAGACUUUUUAAGAGAGUCGGAAUUGUGGAAAAAAGGUCUAUGAUUUAUCACGAAUAACAUAUAAUGACGG